AUGUCUCCCAAGCCGAGGCGACGGGGGGACCCGAGGCUCCUCGACGGCGUAUCGCCGUCUUGGACAUCUCUCGAACCCCCUCCACAACCCACCGGCAAGAGCGGGCUGACCUCCUCGGACGACCAGCCGAGGUACCGCCGCGGCAGCAAGCGCCGGCCCAAGCCCCCGAAGACCCCGCCGGGCCUGGUGCAGCUCGAGCAUCCCUCGCUGGCGGUGGCGCACUUCGACGGGAAAGGCAAGGGGUACGCGGCGGUCGCGCCGAUCCUGGCGUCCUCGCUGUUGCUGCAGGAGAGGCCGCUCACGGUGACCGGCGCGUUCGACUCGGCGCAGGAUGCGCGAAAGGCGCUGGCGAAGAUCGUCUGCGACGACGACGAGUACGCGCAUCUCAGGGGAACCCCCGAGGAACGCGGACGCGGCGAAGGCCGGGUGAAGGCCGAGGGUUCGCCCGGGCCGUCGUCCGUGAGCGGCGACGUGUGGCUCGCGACGCUCGCGCGCCUCGCCAACUCCCCAUUCGUGCGAGUCACCCGCGUCGGCAAGGCGAACGGCGGCGACGACGGCUCCAAAGAUCUCGACACAGCCGCGGAGCAGGUGGACGGCAAGGAUACCUACGCGGCGCGGCUGCUCGCGAGGGUGAGCACGUGCAACCACAGCUGUCGCCCCAACGCGGCGGUGUCCGUCAGCGACGACCUCGUCACGCUGUACUCGCUGCGACGCAUCGAAGCGGGCGAGGAGAUCACGGUGUCCUACGGCACCUCGCUGCUGUGGCUGCCGCUGCAGAUGCGGCGCACGCAGCUCGCCAGGGUGUGGGGGUUCGUGUGCAAGUGUCAACGCUGCGAGACUGACCUGCACAGGGCGAUGGCGGAGCGCGAGCGCGCGCACGGGACGAUGCGUCGCGUCGCCUCCAGGCACGGGUUCCGAGAGAAUGGUUCGUUCCAGACGCGGCACGACGACUUGGCCGGCGUGAUCGAGUGGGAGUACGGCGACACGGGCUUCGAAUCGCAGUUCGACGAGGAGGGACGCGUGCGGGGCAUGAUCCUCGAUGGGUCGGCGCGUGCAGACGAUGGCGGUAAGGGGGUGAAGGGCCGCGGCGCUGGCGGCGGCGGCGGUUCGGGGCGAAGGGCGGCGGCGCUAGACUCGGACACGUCGGACACGUCGGACACGGAUACGAGCUCGUUCGAUUCCUCCGACGAUUCGAGCUCCUCCGACGAGGGAUUCGGACGAAGGGGAAGGAUUCGACGGAGCGGCGGGGGCAAGAUGAGGGGCGGGUCGGUCAAGGCGAUGGGCCCCGCGCGUCUGUACAACCGGCUGGUGAAGGCGGGGAUCGGUCCCGACCACUGGCAGAUGCACGCGACGCGCGAGGUGCUCGUGUCCAGGCUGCUGAGCAAGGAGGGGAGGAAGGAUUUCGACCUGGACUUACUCCUGGAGCACGCCAACUGCGCCGCGAGGCUCGCGCCGAACCACCCGCACUUCAUCAGGCUCGCGAGCCUCGUCGAGGAGGUGUUCAGGACAAACCGCGAGGUGAUCGAGGCGGAGCAGUACUGGCUGUGGACCAUCGAUCUGCUCAGGGAGGCGAUACAUCCGGACGUGCUGUUCUGGAACACGGAGUUCAAGGGGCUGCCGCCCGGUAGGGUGGAUAGGUGA